CAGUGGAGGUCACACGUCCAGAGAAGAAUCAACAUGGCUGAUCCACCCCGGACUGUACUCAUCUCAGGAUGCUCCUCUGGGAUUGGCUUGGAGCUGGCAGUGCAGCUGGCUCAUGACCCCAGGCAGCGCUACCACGUGGUGGCCACCAUGAGGGAUCUGGGAAAGAAGGGGACACUGGAGGCAGCUGCUGGGGAGGCUCUGGGUCAGACCCUCACCGUGGCCCAGCUGGACGUGAGCAGUGACGAGUCAGUGGCCCAGUGUCUCAGCUGCAUCCAGGGAGGGGAAGUGGACGUGCUUGUGAAUAAUGCUGGAGUGGGCCUGGUGGGGCCCUUGGAAGGGCUCAGUCUAGCUGCCAUGCAGAAUAUCUUUGAUACCAACUUUUUUGGGGCUGUCCGUCUGGUCAAGGCUGUGCUUCCUGGCAUGAAGAGAAGGCGACAGGGCCACAUCGUGGUGGUCAGCAGUGUCAUGGGGCUGCAGGGUGUCGUGUUCAAUGAAGUCUACGCGGCCUCCAAGUUUGCCGUGGAGGGGUUCUUCGAAAGUCUGGCUGUCCAGCUGCUACAGUUCAACAUCUUCAUCUCCCUGGUGGAGCCAGGCCCGGUUAUCACAGAAUUUGAAGGCAAGCUCCUAGAGCAGGUUUCCACAGCUGAGUUCCCAGGCACCGACCCUGACACCCUGAGCUACUUUCGAGAUCUCUACCUUCCAGCCUCCAGGGAGCUCUUUCACAACGUGGGACAGAGCCCACAGGACGUAGCCAAGGUCAUCGUCAAGGUCAUCGGCUCGGCCAGACCACCCUUGCGCCGACAGACCAACACCCGCUACGCUCCGCUGACCGCACUCAAGGCCAUGGAUCCCUCCGGCAGCCUGUAUGUGCGAACCUCCCACCGCCUGCUCUUCCGCUGGCCACGCCUCCUCAACCUUGGCCUUCGGUGCCUGGCCUGCAGCUGCUUCCGCACCCCAGUGUGGCCCCGAUGAACAGAGCCUCACCCAACCCUCCUCACCCCCCAACAACUAAGCCUCUUUAGUUCACACCCCUCCCUGGAUAUACGACCCUUCCCUCAUUCAUUCAUUCAUUCAACAAACUCUGCCUGACACAUUUUUGUGUCUGGGCAUUGCUGGAACCCCAGAGGGCACCCGGCCUCCAGGCACAGACCCCUCUGUGGUCAAGGCUAGGAGCAGAGAGAGUGGACCCUGGGAUCCUGGCAUUCUGGGCUGAGGAGCCCAGAUCAGAGAGUUGGAGCUGUGUCUGGGAAGGCAAGGAAGGCUUCCUGGAGGAGGGGGCAUUGUCCCUGGACCUUGAAGAAUGAAACAGGCUGUCUCAGUCAACCUCUGGACUUCAUUAUCUUCAGUCUGGGGAUUUAGGAAUGAUCCAGACAUCCCCAUCCCUCCUCCCCUUCUACACACACACUCAAAGCUGAUUUGACUAAGGGGUUUCCAGACUUCCUGGUCACAUACUCCAUCAGGAGGGCUUCCCAGGUGGCGCUAGUGGUAAAGAACCUGCCUGCCAGUGCAGAAGAUGUAAAAGAUGCAGGUUCGAUUCCUAGGUUGGGAAGAUGCCCUGGAGGAAGACAUAGCAACCCACUCCAAUAUUCUUGCCUGGAGAAUCCCCAUGGACAGAGAAGCCUCAUGAGCUACAGUCCAUAGUAGGGUCACAAAGAGUUGGACAUGAAUGAAGCAACUUAGCAUGCAUGCAUUCCAUCAGUAAAAUGUGUUUGCAAACACAUCAGCAAUGUAUGUAUAUUUUUUCAUAAAAUAUAUAUUUGCAACUAAUAGUAACCACUGUAAGUAAUAAAGCUCAAUUUCUUAUGUAUAAAUAAAAACAUUAAAAA